AUGCUGACCUCAGCGUCCACUCCCCUCGCCCCCAGGAUGCUCUGGGUCCUCUUGUUCUUGGCCACCUUCAGGAGUGCUCAGAGUGGAAACUGGGAUCACCCCAACUGCACCAGGGGUGUGGUUUCUGUGUUGCGGGGCAAGCCAGCCACGAUGAACUGCAGCAUCUCCAAUGCCUUCUCCCACAUCAACAUCUCCCUGCAAGCGAACCCCACGGCACCCUGGAAGCUCAUCUUCAGUGUAAAGGCCCCAGGAAACUUCAGCCAGGAUGGAUGGCAGCUCUGGAUUCGAGAGGGCGAGGCGCACCUAAUAAUUGAGAAAGCCCAGGACACCCAGGCAGGGCAGUACAAGUGGAAUCUGAAGGGGCGCCAGAGAAAUGUCGAAAUCACCACCCUGAACGUCUCGGAGCCGCAAGACCUGCUCCUCACACCUUCCGCAGGCCCAGAAAUGAAGCUGCGCAGUCUCAAGACUGAUCCCGAGGACAAGAGCCAGAUCCAGGUGGUCUUCCCCAUCCUCGCCCUGGUCAUCCUCUUCAUCCUGCUGAUCUGCACGCUGGCCUGGUGUCGAAGGCAUGGUUCCCCACUCUCCAGGCUUCAGCAGCGCCUGAAAGUGGCACUGGGAGGCGGCGGUGGCACGCCGUUGGGCGCCACAGACAGGAAGAACCGUGACACCUCGGUGAGAGGGGCCCCUGCUCUUCCUUCUGCAGUGAGCAUGGUUGGGCUCCUGAGGCUCCUGCUGCUCCCCUUGCUCCAGGCCUCCCGAGAGGUGUGGCAGUCCCCCAGCAAAAUGAUCGUUUUAGAGGGGGACUCCGUCAACAUCACCUGCUCCACCCCGGGCACCCUGCAUGGCAUCUACCUGAAACAAACGUGGCCAAGCAACAGCGAUGUGAUUUACUAUGAAGAUGGGUUGGAGCCCACCGUGGACCCGCGGUUCCAGGGCCGCAUUGCCUUCUCAGGGCUGCAACACAACCUGACCGUCAGCUUGUACCACCUGCAAUUGGCUGACACCGGUGGCUACACCUGCGUGGCCAUAAUGGAUGAUAAGAUCUUUGGUCCUGGCACCUUGGUCAUGGUGACAGACCAACUGCCCCAGGCAGUGAACACGUGCCAGGAGUCUUGGCUGAUACACUUUGCCCUCCCCACGACCCUGGCUGUGGGCUUCUUCCUCAUCGGGCUGGGACUGGGAGCAGUGUGUGUGCUGAAAAGAACACAGAUCCAGAAACUCUGCUGUGCGAAGGAUAAGAGCCCAGUGUACGUGGUCUAUGAGGACAUGUCCCACAGCCGCUGUAACACCAUGUCCAUCCCCAACCAGUACCAGUGA